AUGUUCUCCCUCCUCCUGCGCCUCGUCCUCGCACGCGCACCCGGCGCCGCAGCGUGCCCGUCCGGCACCACGCGGGUCGACACCUUCGCAGCCGAGGGCACACUUUGGUCAGCAUGCGAGGACCUGCAGACGCCGGGCGGCGGGCUCACGCUCGUGCCCGCCGCCGACGGGGUGGAGGCGGUGCAUCUGCCCAAGACGUACGAGCCGUAUGCGCCGAAGCCCGACUCGGAGUACUACCUCGGUCUCGGCAAGCGUAGGGUGCUCGACGCGAAAUGGGACAUGCUCGGCGACGCGCUGCUCCACUCGUGCGACGGGGCGACGCGCACGUCCGGCCUCUGUGAGGUGACGUGGGCGCGUGUCGAGUCUGCAAUCCCCGUGAUGCGGUACUCCCGAGGCAACAGACAGGCGAGCGGCAACAACAUGAUGUGCUCGCCUUACUCGCCGGAGAGCGGUGUGCGCACCUUCACCGGGUCGCGAUCGGCGUCGGUCGACGCCACCUUCUCCGACCACGCGGACGACUGCACGGACAAUGGCUUCCCGCGACCACAAGGCUACGUGAUGAAUCUGACUGCCAUUGCCAACGGAGAGCCGCCCAUCCCUCCGGACGGCUGGUUCAAAUACGUCAACUUUUCGGCGAUGGCGGAGGGGCUGCUUGGACAGCCGUCCCCGAACCUGGUCUUUUACUUUCCGCUUCUGCCGCAGAACUUUUCCGCCUACGGCGGCUCGCGCUACUGGACGAUGGUGGCGUCCCCGAGGCCGGACAUGCAGGGAGGGCGCGAGCAGGACGUCUGGUUCCGCUUUCAACAGCUGCGCUGCUCCGGGGCGAGGCUGGCGCCGCCGUGCGAGCUGGUGGGCACGCCUCAGUACUACGACACGUACUGGUUCUCCAACUCGCCAAUCACCGACCGCUGGAUCCGGCCGGAGCUCAAGGCCAACGCCUCUGGCUUCUACGGGAACCUGCUCGCGGUCAAGCGCUACUGGGACCGCGAGCUUGCCGCGGAGGGCAUGAUGGCACUCUCGCUCCCGGACACGGCGGGCACGAAUGGCAGCUGGCUGACGGACCAGGCGCUCUUCUCGAUGGUGCGCUCGAUGAUCUCGCGCGACGACACGUGGCACCCGCGCUACGGCGUGCUGCCCGGGUACGGCGUGAGUCUGCAGGACGGCUUUCAGGACACCUUCACCUCGACGGCCACCGCAGCGCUCGAGUGGGGCAUGUUUCCGUACGCGCGCGGCGUGAUCGACAAUUGGCUGCGCUACUACACGCGCGACAACGGCAUGAUCACCUACCGCGCAGAGAUGAGCUCGCGAUGA